AUGAAUGGCUACAAUGUUGGUCCGGUCUGGGAGGACGAUGAAUUGGCUCCUUUCCCUCCGCUCACUGAUGGCAAAGGGAAGAAAGUGAUGCCCAAAGUCUGGUCAGAACGAGAUUCUGACAGCUUUGCAUGGUAUGCCAUGGCUAUGUGGGCGAAGGACAAAAUAGGCGGUUACCCUCCCGGACCAGAGCCAGAUACGAAGCCUCCGACUCAAAAACCGAGACACGGUAACAAUCAUCCGCGUGCGUCUGGUGGGGAUACACCCGAAGACCCUGAGAGAGGCGCUAAAAAAUACGACUAUGUCCCUGACGAUGGUUUUACCAUUCUGGGUUGUCCAGACAAAGACAUUGGCCAUUCUUCUAGAGCCUCACUCGACCCACCAGCUCCUGAUCUCGAUAGUAGCAUAGAUGCAAGCAACAUUCCUAGUUCCAUAUUCAGCUCUGAUACUAACAAGGUCUACAAAACCUUUUGCAGUGCGGCAUCGUUAAUCACAACACGUUAA